AUGUCUGACAGGCAAAAGGGGUUGACUCAAACAUUUGCAGCAAAGUACCCUACUGUAGAACAUAGGUACUGCAUUAGGCACAUGUAUUCAAACUUCAACAAGUUGUACAAGGGGAAGGAGUGGAAAGACCUCAUGUGGCAGGCUGCAUCAGUUUACACAAUCCAAGAGUUUGAGGCGAAGAUGAGAGAAAUUAAAGAGAUUGAUGAGACUGCCUAUGAGUGGUUGAUGAAGGAAGAGCCAAGAACAUGGGCUAGGUGCAUGUACAGUGGAAGGGCUAAGUGCAAUAGAAUGGAUAAUAACACAAGUGAAGCUUUCAAUCGAGCUAUCAAAGAUGCAAGAGACCAACCAAUCCUUACCAUGGCAGCAACUAUUAGGAGAUACUUAAUGACAAGGUUACAACAUAGACGUGACCUGUGCAAGGGGUGGAAUGGUAAGCUAUGUCCGAGGAUUGCGAAGAAGGUCAAAAAAACAUGUGAUAACAUGGGGGAUUGUGAGGUAAUUUAUAGUGGGGGCACAACUUUUGAAAUCUUGACUGUACUUAGGGGUUUUGUUGUGGACAUAGGAGAGAGAACAUGCACUUGUGGCAAGUGGGAUGUGUGUGGGAUACCAUGUUCACAUGGAAUGGCUGCAAUUAUAACCGACAAAAGUAAGCCUGAAGACUUUGUUCAUGAAUGCUUCCAUGUGGCAACUUUUGCGAAAACAUACGAGCCCAUGAUUAAACCAAUUCCAGAUGCUUCUAUGUGGGUUCAUACGGACUUUAGUCCUCUCAUUCCUCCUCCUUUUAGGGCAAGAAGUGGGAGACCAACAAAGGAAAGGAGAAGAGGGCAUGAUGAGGAACCAAAAAAGAGAGGAGGAGUGAGGAGGCAAUACACAACCAUUAAAUGUAGAAUAUGCAAGCAGCCUGGACACAAUGCAAGGACAUGUGCUCAAAAGUCAAUAGACACUACAGUAGAACAACAAGUUGAAAAGCAUAUGUGA